AUCAUUCCAAGGUUCAUCUCCAUCGCGAUAGCAAUUACGAUCGGAAGCGAGCUUUCACUUACACCCCAAAAAUUUCGUUGCAUUUGGUUAUCGCUUUUCUGGAACCAAGAACUCUUCGAGUAUUCCGCGGGUCAUUCCACUCACGGCGAUACCUUCACCAAAAAGUACAACAACCCUGGAAGCGCCCAGGCAACACGCACGUGACGGCUCAUUUGUUUUACAUGAGGGCAGGCAACUUCCUCGUCACCUUCGCUUCUCGGCCUCCCAUAAUCUCACAUUUGUCCAAGCACAUGUCCGCAAAUAAACACGUAAAGCUAUCUAGCAUGGCGCAUUCACAUCAAUCUACCGGAUCAGCCAUCGUCCGCUUCUAUGAUCCAGAUGUUCGGGCGAAAGACACACGCGGUCGCACGCAAGAGCAGAUUCUGGCGUGGGAUGACAGCCACCUUGAGCACAGCCACAACUACAUCCAGGUGUUGUUUCCACUUCCCGAGGGUUCACCAUUCAACUGGUCGGCGCCGGUCAUCGACCUCGAGACGAUGAGAGCCUUCCGUACCAGGAGUGAGCUGAGACAACAGCUGGGCCGCAGCUUCGAGCGCAUGCUCACAUUCUACGGCUUCACGGCCUCGACCAGUGCAGAACCCGAGAACGAAAAGGCGGAGGAUAUUGAGAGCCAAAAGCAGACGUCUGCUGAACCCGCCAAGGAAGGCACUCAAGACACAGAAACUUCCACUACAGCAACCCCGACUGUUGAAGCGGUGCCUCCCCAGUCUACUAUACAAGCGUCUCCACCUGGUUACUUGGUUGUACGAGGCGACAACUGGCGCAGAGCUUCGCGCAACUGGUGUGUCCGAUUCGACCACAACCACCUGCGUAUCACCCGCAUACUCCGCUGUCUCCGGGUGCUGGGUCUGCAGAAAGAGAGCGAUGCAUUCUUCGCCGCCUUGAAGCGCGUGUACGAAGAUCCAGCUGUUAGUAUCGGCGCUCGCUCGUUGGACUUCUGGACGCGCGCUGCCGAGCGUCCCCUGUAUCUUCCACCAGACGACAUGGAGGACGAGUGCGAGUGGUUGAAGGUUUGGGAGAAAGAACAAAGGAAAGAAAAGUAGCUCUUCUGUUGCACCGCUCGCGUUGGGGAGACGAACCAGAGGGAAGAGGGCGCAACCACCAGAGAACGGGCUGAGACUCACCUGCACGGCUCGGCGUGGGGCUCGUCUUGGGAAGCUAGCCUUUACGAAAUUUAGAAGCAUCAGCAUCAGCAUCUGAGCGAAUACACAUCCAGAGUAAUGACAGUAGCAAAAAACAUCCAUUGUUCAAAUUCC